CCUCUGCGUCACUUAACUUCUCCCUGCUCCGAAGCCCCCAUAAUACCCUGUCACGUAAUUGUUUCACCCAUUCCCAUAUACGAUGGCGGAUACAACCACCGAAGAAUCCAGUCUCAACGCCGGCGCAGAAGCUCAAGGCCAGGCUCAAGCACAAGGUGGCAUUGGACUGAACAGCUCUAGCAAGAAGACAACUGAGAAGAAGACACCAAAGAAGCUUGGAAAGAAAGCUCCCGAGCCUCAACAGCAACCUACGCCUGGACCUGAAACCGACGACGGCACUGAAGGAGAAGUCAGUGUCGAACAAGAAAAACCAAAAUCAAACAUGUCGGAGAAGGAGCAGUCAGUAGCUCCUAGUCAAAGUCGUCGUCGCCAGUCGCGCGGCCGUGGUCGACGAAAUGCCCCAGAGAGUGAUGCUGAGUCGGUCGCUCGCUCUGAUGUCUCUUCUGGCGGUGGAGGCCGUCGCAACCGACAACGCCAGCGCCAACAACGGCAAGGAGGCCAGCAGACACAGACACAGGAGAAGCAGGGCGGCGGCCCCUUGGAUGGCAUCACUGAAGACCUCCCCGGCGGCGAACUUGUGAAUGGCGCCGGCGAUAUGGUACAAGACACAGCUGGCAAAGCUGUUGGCCAAGUCGGCGAUACUGCAGGCAAAGCCCUCGGUGGACUUACUGGUGGUGGCAAGCAAUCAAAGGGAAAGGAAGACGGGGAUGAGGGUGGUGGUGAGCAGCUUCGUCUGCGUCUCGAGCUCAAUCUCGAUAUCGAGAUCCAAUUGAAAGCGAAAAUCCAUGGCGACCUGACAUUAGGACUGCUGAACUGAGAGUUAUCGCAUCGAUCUACCUUAUGGAGCUCUUAAGCACUAUCGCAUUGCUCAAUUGUUAGAUUCAGUGAAGGGGUUCUUGAAAGACAUAAUCAUAUCUAGCUUUGGCCAUAUAGGCAUAGUUGAACAGAAUACCAUCUCUUCACACACCUUCUCUCCAUGACCUUUGUUAAUGAUGCUAUUGUACUAAGCCAGAAUAUAGUCCCCGUGUUGUGAC